GUGUGCGUGUGUGUGUGUGUGUGUGUGUGUGUGUGUGUGUGUGUGUGUGUUUGGCCAUGGCAACAAGGCGAAUCCGUUCCACUCGCAAGCUGAAGCAGUGGAUUGUGGAUCAGGUGAGCAGCGAGAAGUACGCCGGGCUGGUCUGGGACGACCCGAACAAAACCAUGUUCAGAAUCCCCUGGAAACACGCGGGAAAACAGGACUUCAGAUCCGACGAGGACGCGGCCAUCUUCAGGGCCUGGGCAGUGUACAAGGGGAAGCUGAAGCCUGGGGAGAUGGAACAGCCCGCCACGUGGAAAACUCGACUGCGCUGCGCCCUGAACAAGAGCUCUGAAUUCGAGGAGGUCCCGGGACGGUCCCAGCUGGACAUCUCCGAACCGUACAAGGUGUACCGGAUAGUGCCGGUAUCAGAGCAAAGCAAAACGCCAGCGCACGGGCCCCGGGAUUCGGGAGAGAGGGGGAUGAAGAGGAGGAGAGUGAAGAGCGAGCCGCAGAGUGGAUGGGAGGAGGAGGAGGAGGAGGAGGAGGAGGUGGAGGAGGAGGAGAGGAGGAGGAGGAAGAGGGGGGGAGGAGGAGAAGAGGAGAAGAAAACUGAGAGUCCUGCAGUCGUGGUGCAGCCUGUUAUACUGCAGGUGGAGUCAGUCAUGGGUGACAGCAACUUUGAGAAGCAGACGAGCCAAUCUGUAGCAGCGCCCUACAAAACACAGCAGCACUCGCCACUCAAUGAGAUUCAGCUGAACUUCACCAUUGAGACAACCCCCCCCAGCACAGCUCUCCCCUCAAUGCUGAUCACCAUAUUCUACGCGGGUCUGGAGGUGUCCCAGCGGCAGAUCAUGGGUAAAGAUGUGAAGAUCUCGUCCCGGCCCCCCGGGUGCCCCCUCUCCUGCCCCCCCUCAUCCAUGGAGAGGGUGUGGCUGCCCCCAGCCGACAGCCUGUCUAACCCCGCUCAGAGCCAGGCUCUCGCCAGCCUCCUGCCUUUCCUGGAGAGGGGGGUCAUGCUGGCCUGCACCCCCAGCGGCCUCUUUAUUCACAGGCUGUGUCAGGGCAGGGUCUUCUGGAGUGGCCCCGGGGCGCCCCACCACGACCGGCCAAACAAACUGGACCGGCAAGAGGAGCUGGUGCAGCUGUUCGACAAGAAGCGCUUCAGCCAGGAGCUGACGGUGUAUCUUCGACGCCAAACAUGA